AUGGCCGUUCACAUGGAGAGAACGCCCUUCCACCCCGGCGAGCAGGCCAUCCACAAGCUCCUCCGGAUUCCCCCGCGCGACAACCCCACCUGGGCCGGCCUGCCGCCCGCCCUCGCCUACCGCGUUGCCGCGUCGCCCCUGGUAGCUUUUGGCGCGCUCGACAAGCAAGGCCGGCCGUGGACGACCGUCUGGGGUGGCGAGGAGGGCUUCGCGGGGCCACUGGGAAGCGGAGUCAUCGGGGCCAGGAGUCUUGUGGAUGGGAGGCAUGAUCCGGUGCUGGAGGCGCUGCUGCUGCUGGACGACGGCAGGAUGGAUGAUGAUGGGAAGGGGAAGAAGGAGGAGGGAAACGAGGGCUAUCAGAUCACGCGGGAGGAGCUGGAAUCUGGACGAGGGAGGCUCAUGGCGGGUCUGAGUAUCGACCUCGCGACUAGAGACCGGGUGAAGCUUGCGGGCCGGCUCGUGGCUGGCAGGGUGGACAGGGCAGGCGAAGACGAAGCUGGACAUGACGAUGGGGUGGCUGACGUGCAGGUCGCCAUGCUCGUCGAGGAGAGCCUGGGGAACUGCCCCAAGUACCUAAACAGGAAAGCUAUCCACCCCCAGGUGCCGGCACCACAGCUCGUCUCCGACACUUUACCACUCCCACCACAGGCCCUGGACCUGCUCGCCCGCGCCGACAUGUUCUUCCUCUCUUCCACAGACGGCCGCAGCAUGGACACCAACCACCGAGGCGGGCCCCCAGGCUUCGUGCGCGUGCUGAGCAACACCGACACCACCGACGACGGCGGAGUCUGCCUCGUCUACCCAGAGUACUCGGGCAACAGGCUGUACCACACCCUGGGAAACCUCCACACCCGCCCCCUGACAGGCCUCUGCAUUCCCGAUUUUGUCACAGGCGACGUGCUUUAUUUGACCGGCGAAACCGCCAUCCUCGCCGGCGCAGACGCAGCGCGGCUCCUCCCCCGCACAAAGCUUGCCGUCCGCAUCCGGGUCACGGCCGCGCGAUUUGUGCGCCGGGGCUUGUCGUUCCGCGGGGAUGUGGUCGACUAUAGUCCCUACAACCCACCUGUGCGACGACUCGCGGCUGAGAUGGCAACGGCGGGGGACGCCGCCACUGGUGACGACGGGCAGACGGGGUCAGAGGACAAGGCGGUGGCGACGGCCGUGCUGGUGGGCAGGGAGAUCAUCACGCCCACGGUGGCCUGUUUCACGUUCCGGUUGCUGGUUCCACGGCGGCGGCAGCGGUGGUGGCGGCCUGGGCAGCAUAUUACGCUUGAUUUCUCAGGAGAGCUGGAUGUGGGCUGGAGUCAUAUGCGUGAUGAUGACCCGGGGAGUUUGAAUGAUGACUUUGUGCGGACAUUUACCGUGUCCAGCGUGCCUGGUGGCGGAGGAGACAAGAGUGAUGAGGAGGAGCUGAGGGAUGGGGCGGAGAUGCAGAUUACGGUUCGGAGACAUGGCCCUGCGACGGGGUUGUUGUGGCGGUGGAACAUGAAGGUGCCUCUUGAGGUGCCUGUGUUGGGAUUUGGAGGGCAGGAGGGAUUCCUGAUAGGAGGUGAUGGGGCCCAUCAGAAUGGAGGGCGCAACAAGAAGAAGGUAUUUGUUGCGGCUGGCGUGGGAAUCACACCUUUACUGGCGCAGGCACCGGGGUUGCUCGCCAAGGGGGAAGAAGAUGUUACUCUUCUCUGGAGUCUGAGAGGUGAAGACGUUGCGUUUGCUGUUGACGUGUUUGAGAGAAUUGAAGGCUUGGCAGGGAGGACCAAGGUGUUUCUGACCGGCGAUAGUGUGGAUGCUGCCAUUGUGAACAAGAUGGAGGCGCUUGGAGGCCAGGUGAUCAGGGGGAGAAUAGAUCCCGAGGAGGUCUUGCGUGAAGGAGGUGGUGGGGGCACGAAGACGACAAGGUAUUAUCUUUGUACCGGGUCUGAGAUGAUGAAGGUGCUCUUGGGCUGGUUGGAGGGCGAGGACGUCGUGUAUGAGAGUUUUGAGUAUUAA